CCUUCAACCACAGGGGGCGACUCAUCAAGGUCUGUGAUCGCGGAAGUUAAACUGGACCUCUGACGUGUCAAAUUGUCGCCAUUUUCUUGCGUAAAAGGAAACGCCUUGAGGCAGAGAACCACACCAACCGUGUUUUUGAGGUUUAUUCUACUUUCCUUGUCAGAAGAAGGUUCCAUCACCAGCCACCAUGGGGAAUAUGUUUGCAGGGCUCUUUAAAAUGUUUGGAAAGAAGGAGAUGAGGAUACUCAUGGUGGGUUUGGAUGCUGCAGGAAAGACCACCAUUUUGUACAAGCUUAAACUUGGAGAGAUUGUGACUACCAUUCCCACAAUAGGUUUUAAUGUAGAGACGGUAGAGUACAAGAACAUCAGUUUCACAGUGUGGGAUGUCGGUGGUCAAGACAAAAUCCGACCACUGUGGCGUCACUACUUCCAGAACACACAGGGUCUCAUCUUUGUUGUGGACAGCAAUGACAGAGAGCGAUGUGCCGAGGCCCGUGAAGAGCUCUUGAGAAUGUUGGCAGAGGACGAACUGCGUGAUGCUGUGCUAUUAGUGUUUGCCAACAAACAAGACCUUCCAAAUGCUAUGAAUGCAGCAGAACUCACAGACAAGAUGAAUCUUCACUCACUGCGUAACAGAAACUGGUACAUCCAAGCAACCUGUGCCACCACUGGAGAUGGUCUCUAUGAAGGACUUGAUUGGUUGUCUAAUCAGCUCAAAAACCAUUAAUAAUUAGAGCAUUUCAAAUACUAAUCUGCUGCACCCAAACCUUGCUCUUACACUUAAGGUUAACAGAGUUACCCCAUACUGGAAGCGGCCCUCACCUUAGUUUUGAUCACAUGUAUAUGGGCCAGUAGUUGUGGUGAUCUAUACUUGUAAAGCUUUUCCUAUCAUGCUUUCUUAUUUGAUGUAACUAAAUAAAUUUGGUAAUUGGCCUUUUUUAUUGCACUCUUUAAAAUUCUAUUAUAGUUACGCUCUUCCUGGCUGUCAGGCAGCCAUGCGUGCAUUGAAUAAAUAAAAGGGAGGAAUGGUAUUCACCAGCACAUUUUAGCCCCAGGACAUCAAUGCAAUCCAGUGACUUUUACAGUCAGGUACUGUAGAGAGUGAUCUUUGAGGGGCUUUUCUUUAAAAAAAAAUAAAAAAAAAAACAAUUAUACACUGAUGCACUAC